AUGGCCUGCGGUGGUCGUGGCGCAGCAAGGAUCGUGGACGAGAAGCUGGGUUCACUCAUGGAGACGCUGCAGGAAGCAGUGGUGGAGGCACAGCAGACCCCCGGACUUCUGCAGGAGCUGCGGGCCUUCAAGGAUGGGCCCUUCCGCACCACGAUGCACAACGCCUUCCACAAUAUGGCGUUGGCCCAGGAAGACGCAAGAGUCACGGCCUGCUCUCAGAAGGGUAACUGGCUCUUAACGCUGGCUUUGACGCUGGUGGACGACACCUUCGUCCGCGACUACGGCUACGCGACUUCUGAAAAGAAGUCGGCAUCGUCAGGGAGGUUUCUGGAAUGCUACUUGUGCUGGCUGGCGGAAAGCCGGCGAUGGGACUCACUCGAGAAGAUGGCAAGCGUCGUCGAAGGCGCGGACGCAGUCGUCCGGCACGUCGAGCUCAAGCACCCGUGCGAGAGUGAGAGCAUCUCUAAGAUGAUGAACUUCGUCAAGUUGCUCGACCUCCUCGAGCACCUUUUGUAG